CACAUGGCCCUUCAUGCCACUGCUCUGGAGGCCUGACUCUUCUCUCCUCUGCAUUUCUAAAGUGACAGCAGUGAUUCAGGGAGGACAGCAGAACAGCUGGACUCAGGAUGAAAGGAGGGCCAUAUCGACUCCUUGGCUUUCUGCUGCUGGCAAAGUUAUGUUACAGUCAGGUUGCUCCGACCGAGGAGUCUGCUGUUGAUCCUCGCUUUCCCAAAGGACACUGUGCUGGCUGGAUGGGGGGUGCCCCAGGACAUCCAGGCCACAAUGGGGCUCCGGGAAGAGAUGGACGUGAUGGAACAAAAGGAGAAAAGGGGGAGAAAGGAGACCCAGGUCUGGAAGGUUCCAAGGGUGAUCCCGGUGACAUAGGAGAAAAAGGGAAGGAAGGACCGAGAGGAUUUCCUGGGAGCCCUGGGAAGAAAGGAGAAUCUGGAGAAGGUGCCUACAUUUAUCGAUCCGCUUUCAGCGUGGGACUGGUUUCCGGGAUACCUGUCCCCAAUAUCCCUAUCAAGUUCACCAAGAUCUUCUACAAUAACCAGAAUCACUACGAUCCAACCACCGGCAAAUUCCACUGCAACCUCCCGGGGCUGUAUUACUUCUCCUACCACAUCACGGUGUACACAAAAGAUGUUAAAGUUAGCCUGUAUAAGAAGGAUAAGGCAGUUAUGUUCACCUUCGACCAGUUCCAGCAAAACAACGUUGAUCAGGCUUCAGGUUCCGUCUUACUGCAUCUAGAUGUUGGAGAGGAAGUUUGGCUCCAGGUUUACGGGGAGGGAGAGCACAAUGGGAUCUAUGCUGAUAAUGUCAAUGAUUCCACUUUCACAGGGUUCCUUCUGUAUCCUGACUUGGCCCAUCAGUAAAUUUUGAGGCCUUACUCAAGGGAGGCAAGCAGAGGCCUAAUUAAAGAGUCAGUCUCAGGGCACAGUCCUUCACAUAAGUUCUGUCCUCAUUGGACAAGGACUCAGGAUUAUUUUUCAACCAUUAUCAAAUAUGGUGAUUUUUGGAAGUGAACAUAGAGGUCUAGACCAUGUAAUCGACUGGCACCUCAGGCUUUGCAUUGCCUCCAUUUUAAAGGAUUCUUUUUUGCAAUAGCUUUGCUGUUCAAAGUUGGUAGCUCAGAGCUCAACAAUAGUGGAAACCUUGGGCCCAAAUGCACUAGGAGUUUAGCAGGUAGGACUUCAGCAGCUGGGAGAGCAGAUCUUAGCUAAUAUAGCUUCUCAUGUUUAUCGUGCAAUUAAUAACCUAAUAUUUGCUUUCCAAUUUAAAUUCUUCCAGUGGUUCAUGAAUGUACACAUAUUUUCCAAGCAACACAUACAUUCAAAGUUAUUGAAAUAUUUUCAUAUUAUUUUUACAAAUAAAAGUACUAACAUUCACGAAUAAAUUUUUCCCC